GAGCAUGGCCGCGGCCGCGGCGGGAGGAGCCCCGGGUCCGGCCCCCGGCCCCGCCAGGCCCGCGCCGGCCGCCCGGAACCCGCCGGCCGUGCCGCGGAGGCGCGGGGACUCCCGGCGCCGCCAGGCCGCCCUCUUCUUUCUCAACAACAUCUCCCUGGACGGACGGCCCCCGAGCCUGGGUCCUGGAGGCGAGAAGCCACCGCCGCCGCCGCCACCGCCCACCGAGGCCCGCGAGGCGCCCGCGCCGCCGCCCGCUCCACCUGGAGGCCUCCCGGGGCUGCCAGCCAGACCCGCGCCCCAGGGCCUGCUCAGCCCCACGACGGCGCCCGCUGGCCUUGGCCUGGACGGGCAGCGCCAAAGGAGACGAGUCACAUCUCAGCGCUGUUCCCUUGAGUUUCUGGAAGACACAGUGGGAUGUGCCUCGGUGCAGAGAACCAAGCACGCAUCUGGAUCACCAAGACACAAAGGCCUAAAGAAAACCCACUUCAUCAAGAACAUGAGGCAGUAUGAUACAAAGAACAGCAGGAUUGUACUCAUCUGUGCCAAGCGGUCCCUGUGUGCAGCCUUCUCAGUCCUGCCCUAUGGAGAGGGCCUACGGAUCAGUGACCUGAGGGUGGACAGCCAGAAGCAGAGGCACCCAUCCGGCGGCGUUUCUGUUUCUUCUGAGAUGGUCUUUGAAUUGGAAGGCGUUGAGCUGGGAGCAGAUGGAAAGGUCGUGUCUUAUGCAAAGUUCCUGUACCCUACUAAUGCUCUGGUUAUACACAAGAAUGACAGCCAUGGCUUGCUGCCCCAGCCUCGGCCCAGCAUCCCCCGGGCUCCACCAGGUUCAAGACACAAACCUGUGCCUACCAAGUCAACACCAGCUGGCACAGAACUAGGAAGUGACGUGGGAGAUGCAGUAGAGUACAACCCCAACCUCCUGGAUGACCCACAGUGGCCGUGUGGGAAGCACAAGCGUGUACUCAUCUUUGCUUCAUACAUGACCACCGUUAUAGAGUAUGUGAAACCUGCAGACCUCAAGAAGGACAUGAACGAGACCUUCAGGGAGAAGUUCCCUCAUAUCAAACUGACAUUGAGCAAAAUUAGGAGUUUAAAACGGGAGAUGCGGAACCUUUCUGAAGAGUGCAGCUUGGAGCCUGUGACUGUGUCCAUGGCCUAUGUAUACUUUGAGAAGCUUGUACUGCAAGGCAAGCUCAACAAACAGAACCGCAAACUGUGUGCUGGCGCCUGUGUUCUGUUGGCUGCCAAGAUCAGCAGUGACCUCCGCAAGAGUGAAGUGAAGCAGCUUAUUGACAAGCUGGAGGAGAGGUUCCGGUUCAACAGAAAAGAUCUCAUUGGAUUUGAGUUCACGGUGCUUGUGGCUUUGGAACUGGCCCUGUACCUCCCAGAGAACCAAGUGUUACCUCACUACAGACGCCUCACCCAGCAGUUGUAACCCCACAGGGAGGCUGCUUUGGCAGGAUGGCGAGUAGCUUAGCUAGAGCACUGACUGUGUCCCUGUCUCUCCUCCGCUUGCCCCUCACAGCCCACAGCAGUUCUUGGCUUCCUUUGAAAGAGACACUUUUAUUUUGGGGUACACCACACCUCUACCCUGAGACCCUGUUGAUUUUCCUGAAGCAGAUGAACAGUAUGGGACUUGGUUUGCUUUCCAUGUGCCUGAGGCCAAGCCUGGUUUAUAUUGUGAAUCUUGAGGUCCAGCCUUCACUUUGCCUAGCCAUGAAACCAUUCCUGUAGAGACUUAGGUGUCCAAACCUUCUGAAUAUGCUGCACUUGCCAGGCUUGUCUUCUGGUGCCUCCACCCAGGCAAAAUUCCCCAUCAGCACUUUAUUUUUGGUCAAGAUACAGGAAAGGGCAGACACCUUGACCCAUUCUGAGUCUGCUCUUACUGGACUUUGUUAAAGCAUCUGCCACUGUGAAACCCAUGCCAUCAUGCACAGCAGUGCUUGGCCAACACCACCACACACACACCCACCCCAGCCUCCUGCCAGCACAACUUUUCCCUGCUGUUGUGUUACUUGACUGUUUAAGACAACCACUGACUGGGCUCUUGACUUUCCUAAGCAAUAUCAUGAUGGAGAAAGGUAUUGUAACUUGAGAUUUGGUCUCUAUGGGAACAAUGAUGGCCCAUUAAGGCCUGCUGCUGACUUUGAACCAUACUUCCAUCAAGCAGACAGAACUGACCCUGCUGCCAACAUCAAUGAGUCGAUGUCAUCUAGGCCAACCUGCUUGUGUGCGGACUGGGCCACUUUCUCCCUGCUGACACCAGACAAGAGCCAUCCUCCGCAGGCCUGUUAUCUAUCCUUCCUUAGAAACUGGUCACCAGCCUGGCAGAUGCCAGCCCCACUGCUCUCAAGUGCUUGGUUCCACAGCCUCCUAUCCCAGAAAUGCUCAUCCUCUCAAGCUUGACACCACCCAACUACCUAGGCCUAGUAGGUCAGUAACAGGAACCUCAAAGGAUAGUAAAUACCAGUCUUUUAUCCUGUCCGUGCUUAUGCUUGUGUAAGCAUGCCAUGUGCUCAGAGCCAGCGGUUAUGUAAACAGGUCACAUCUUCAGGGUAGCCCCAUCAUUUUGCUUAAAAUGAACUUCCUAGAUAUGGCUGACUGAUGGGACAAAUGUUAAAGCUGGCAAACAAUUUAAGCCUCUAGAUUUAUGUAGUAAGGCAUAUUCUGUCCCUCCUUGCCCUCAACAACGCUAAGAGGAGCUGCUGGCAUGUGCUACUGAGCACUGUUAAAACGAAGCCGACCCUUAAACCAAACAGGCUAAACAGACUCCAAUAGACUUGAGUCCAGAAAUUUGAGGUAUGUUCGUGGUGUCCAGCUGGACUGUGACCCAAUGCCACAGACCUGGUGCUGCACCCUCAGCACUCAACAGGACACAGCUGUGUCAGACCUCACAAUGUUGUUUAUGUCCAGAAGGUUUUGAAUGGAAGGUGUUAAAAUGUUUUUGUUAAAGUAAAACUUGUUUUUGCAACGUA